AUGAAGGUCUCUAAUGUUGUUCUAGGUGCUAUCGCUAUUGCUGCUGUCAAUGCUCAAAAUGCUUCUAACCACAGCAGUUCUUCCAAGAACGCUGCCAAUGCCCUUCCAGCCAACAAUGCUUACACUGCUGGUGUAGCGGGUGCAGCUGUGGCUGGUGCUUUGGCUUUUUUGAUUUGA